GUGUGAUCACACCUCCUCAGACUCCUCGUCUUUCCAGCUGAACAUCUUCUCCUGCUGAGGUUCGGUUCGGUUCAGUUCGGUUCAGAACCGGGGGGAGCGAGCCUGCAGCGGGUUUGUGGCAGCACCGUGACCCGGUGCGGAUCCGGAUCAUCCGGAACUUGCUGCUGCAGGAUCCGGGUUCUACCUGAGACCCGGACCUGAAGUUUCUGAGAAUCCGUCUUGAACCUCUUCUCCGGUUUUACGCAUCGAUUUCGUGCGUAAAGUAGAUUUUCUCCCGGAGGAACUCGGUGCUUUAGUUCCAUUUGUUUUCCGGUUCUGUGUCUCCUCCCCCCCUGGAUGUGCUGCCGGUGUCCCGCUGCUCUCUGACCCCCGGUACCUCCCGGUACCUCCGCAGACCUCCAGCCGCAGCAUGGCAGCGGGAGCGGCGUGGCUGCCGUUCGCUCGCGCGGCGGCCAUCGGCUGGAUGCCGGUGGCGAGUGCACCGAUGCCGGUGCCGCCGAAGGAGAAGCGGCGCGGACGGGACGGACUGAUCGUCCUGAACGUGAGCGGGACAAAGUUCCAGACGUGGCGGGACACGCUGGAGCGGUACCCGGACACGCUGCUGGGCUCCACCGAGAGAGACUUCUUCUUCCUCGAGGAGAGCAACGAGUUCUUCUUCGACCGGGACCCGGACAUCUUCCGCCACAUCCUCAACUUCUACCGCACCGGGAAGCUGCACUUCCCGCGGCAGGAGUGCAUCUCCGCGUACGACGAGGAGCUGGAGUUCUUCGGCAUCAUCCCGGAGAUCAUCGGUGACUGCUGCUACGAGGAGUACAAGGACCGGCGGCGGGAGAACCAGGAGCGGAUCCAGGACGACGAGGAGAUGGAGCAGAGCCGCGAGCUCGUGUCCGCGGACCUGAGCUUCAAGGAGACCAUAUGGCGCGCAUUCGAGAACCCGCACUCCUCCACCACGGCGCUGGUCCUCUACUACGUCACCGGCUUCUUCAUCGCGGUGUCGGUGAUGGCCAACGUGGCGGAGACGGUUCCGUGCGGCGCGGCGCCGAACCGCGUCAGGCAGGUGUCGUGCGGUGAGCGGUACGCGCUCGCGUUCUUCUGCUUGGACACCGCGUGCGUCAUGAUCUUCACGGUGGAGUACGUGCUGCGCCUCCUGGCGGCGCCGAGCCGCUACAAGUUCGUAAAAAGCGUGAUGAGCGUCAUCGACGUGGUGGCCAUCAUGCCGUACUACAUCGGCCUCGUCAUGACGGACAACGAGGACGUGAGCGGUGCCUUUGUCACGCUGCGCGUCUUCCGGGUGUUCCGGAUCUUUAAGUUCUCGCGACACUCUGCGGGACUUCGCAUCCUGGGCUACACGCUGAAGAGCUGCGCGUCCGAACUCGGCUUCCUGCUCUUCUCCCUCACCAUGGCCAUCAUCAUCUUCGCCACCGUCAUGUUCUACGCAGAGAAAGGAUCCAGCGAGAGCAAGUUCACCAGCAUCCCUGCCGCCUUCUGGUACACCAUCGUCACCAUGACGACGCUGGGGUACGGUGACAUGGUUCCUAAGACGAUCAUGGGGAAGAUCUUCGGUUCCGUCUGUUCUCUGAGCGGAGUUCUGGUCAUCGCUCUGCCCGUCCCCGUCAUCGUCUCCAACUUCAGUCGAUUCUACCUCCAGAGUCAGAGAGCGGAGAAGAGACGCGCUCAGAAGGCGUCAAAGGAGGCGGGACAAGCGUUGGUGUGUAAAAUCAACCAUGACUACGAAGUUCACCAACAUCACCUGCUGCAGUGUCUGGAGAAGACCACAAACCACGAGUUUGUGGAGGAGAAGACGUACGAUGAGAGCUGCAGGGAGGUGACGCUGGUGAAGCAGGUUUCCCGUUCUUCCUCCAUCUUGUCCUCACCUCACAGCCUCACGUCCUGCUGCGCCCGCAGGAAGAAGAAGACCUUCAAAGUCCCAAACUCCAACAUGUCUGUGGGUCUGCAGAGCAGCUUCCAGGAGCUGAGCACCAUCCAGAUCAGAGAGAGGCCGAGUGUUGUCAGUCGUUCCAGUCUGAACGCAAAUUUCGAGGAGACGGUUCCUUUGAACUGCGACCAGCCGCACAUCACCGCCGCCGUCAUCAGCAUGCCAACGCCGCCUGGCACCGCAGGCGACGGAUCAACUGGCUCUACCAACGACUCCCAGGGCAACAUCGUGCGGGUGUCAGCGCUCUAGAUAACGCCGCCCCCCCCUCCAACAUGGAAAAAUGAUCUAGCCAGCAGAAGGACGACAGGUUCGGGGUCGACGGCCUCGGCACCACAACAGACUCAGACUGGGAGUGACUGGUUAGCUCAACGUUAUCCACGCAGAGGGAAACGUGAACCUGGACGCACUCGGCUGACUCCACCUCCGAUCACACAUUUUAGGACGGAUUGUUUCUCCAGCAGCGCAGAACAGAAGAGAAAUCGUAGCACGGCUGAUAAAUUGUCUCUUUCUGAUUUUAAAUCGUUAUAGUCGUUAUUUUUUCAGUCUGAUUCAUUCGAUUUAUGUCUCGAAAUUCAAGUUUAAAUGAGACGUCCCCCUUUUGGGAAGUUCGCCGUUAACCAUCGUAACAUAUGUAAGCUAGCAUAGCACAAAGAAACUGCAAGCCUCUCUCAACAAUUCAAACCUAACCAAAGAAAAAGUCCCAGUCUUUUCUCGUCAUGGGAAUGAUGAUGAUUUUAACACGUUGUUUCGUCCUCAAUGUCUCAGACUCUUUAUCUGACGAAGGACUUAAAUGUCUUCCACAGUUAAAAAACACAACAUCUCUUUUUCUACUCUUGUGAAAAAUAAUCAUAAUCAAAUAUGUAAAAUCUGAAAGUUUGAAAUCUGGUUAAAUCAGAUUCGUCUGUUUCAGUCUCAGGGGAGCGACACGUUACGUGAGAAAUACCUGAAAACAGGAAGUCCACGUGUUGUACGAUCUUGAUUCUUAACAUGGACCAAAAGUCUGGAGGUUCCUAAUAAACUGGAUUGAUUCUAUUAUUAUAAGAAUACAUACAUUUACUGUUUUAUCAUACGCUUAAAACAGUAAAUGUGUGGUUGUGAAAGAAAUUUAACCUAAUGAAUUAAAUAUGAACCUUGGAAUAUACAUUUUGUUAUUUCAU